AUGGGCAACCGUCGCGGCAUUGCGCGUGUGACGCUGGUUGGCGAGGCCGUAAGCCGACUCAUUGUCAUGUCCAUGGUCAUCGUCUCCAUCGUGGUCGCCGCCACCAGCAUCUUCCCCAAGGGAUUCACGGUCAUGUUUGCUACGGCCGGCAUUGCUGUCCUCGUUGAGGGUGCCUUGUUUCUGCGCGCCCUGUUCUACCUCCUCAAGCCGUCUGCCUACAACCUGACCAAUCUCCGCGGUGGGAUUCUCGUUGCUGUGCAGUGCAUCUUGCUCGCGCUCUUCAUCAUUGCCGCCGUCUUUGCGUUCAGAGAUUACUCCAAGGAGCCCGGAUACGAGAGCCGAAACCAGGCUGCCGUCUACGACAGACGCAUUGCCUGCGGCGUUCUCAUUAUGGCGUCGAUUUUGUUCCAAAUUGUGCCGACCAUCAUUACCAUCGCUAGACUGUCUCAGGGUAGCGAUGAGGACAUGAAGAUCAAGAGCAAGGAGAGCGAUGAGAAGGCCAACCAGCACUAA